AUGUUAAAUGUCAAAAACUUGGCAUUUGCGCACAUUUCUUCAAUUGAAUUCAACAAACAAGCGAAAAGUUUAGUGAUGGACAAGUAUAUCUGUAAAGCCUCUAAAGCGUCCGAACGAAAAUUCCGUAGUGAAUGGCUGCAAUAUUUUGACUGGCUUGAAGAGAAGGAAGGUUGUGCAUUUUGUAUUGUAUGUUUUAAAACAAUUUUAAAUCACCGCACUCAUCUGAAUAACCACCAGCGCACCAAUAAUCACAUUCAAGCAUACAAGGCCGGAAAAAACCAAAUCAGCAUGUCUAAGUUUGUUAAUUCAAACAAGGAAAAGGUAAAUCAGCAGGUUUGGCACGCAGAGUACACGCUAGUGAUGUUUUGUAUUACACAUAAUCUGCUCUUGCUUAUGGACUUCCUGCCCAGUUUAUUAGCAGAAUGUUGUCCAGAUUCUGAUAUCGCUAAACUAUUAAAAUGUGGAAGAACAAAGUCGACUCAAAUCGCUGAGCUGAUAGGAAAUCAUGCAAGUGAGAAAACAAUAGCUAAUUUGCGAGCUAGAAGAUUUUCGUUAAUAGUUGAUGAAAUAACCGACGUAUCAGUGAAGAAGUGUUUGGUGCUUGUUGCAAGGUACGUCGACAACGCCCGCGUAGUUCAUGACCGCUUUCUUGCAUUGAUAGAGCUUGGGAAAGCAGAUGCGAUAUCAAUUUUUACUGUUAUAAACUUCUUUAAUUCUAAAAAUGUUCCGUUAAAAAAUCUGAUCGGACUAGCUACAGAUGGUGCGAGUGUAAUGGCAGGUAACAUCGGAGGACUGAAGGCAUUGUUGAAAACGGAGACUGAUGUUUUUCACAUAACAUGCACAUGCCACUCACUACAUUUGUGUUGCAGUUACGCUUGCAAAAAACUACCGAGCAGUAUUGAAGUUUUAUGUCGAAACAUUUAUUCUUUUUUUUCGCACAGCCCUAAGCGGAUCUACGAAUUUAGAGAAUUUCAAGAUUAUUGUUCAGUGAAACCACAUAAAAUUCUCGGUAUAUGUCAAACAAGAUGGCUUUCUUUAGAAGCUGUAAUUUGUAGACUUAUUGAACAAUGGGAAAGUCUGAGGUUAUAUUUUAUUUCAAAUUUUCUCGAAGUCAACGGAAUUCGAUCCGCAGAGCUAGCAAACGCAAUGAACUCAAAACUUAAAGCAUACUUUUUAUUUUUGUCCUAUAUACUCCCCAUCAUUAAUAAUUUGGAUAAGGAAUUUUAGUCCGAUAGUUGUCGAUUGCCAUACUUAUACUCUAAUAUUAAAUCUAAUUUCCUUCUGAUUUUAAGUAAUUUCCUUGACCAAAAAAAGUUUAACGAUGUAUGUAUAAAUUAUAGAGACAAAAGUAAUCAUAUAAACGUAUUAAAAAUUUUUAUUGGAACAAGCUCUGAGGAAUUUGUUCAAAGUAACUUAAGCGUUAAGAGAUAAAA